AUCAAACACGUUUGGGUGAACUAGCGCAUCUGAAUUGGAUACAACGGAACAACACAGGCAGUAUGGGCGAAGGUAAGAUCGCGAUGGAGGGGCAUCGAUGGCGGGGUAAUCAGUGCUGCCCGCUCCCCCUCCCCCUCAUUUCCGGGCUAGGCUCAUGACGUCGGGUACCUGGGCCACUGCUUGUGCUCACUAAACAGCCCGACCUGGAGUGAAGGGACACCUGACGCGAUUCGUGAUCCAGUGAACAGGAGCCUACGGCAGCGCGCAACAGUUCGGCAUAACAACACCGAACAUGCAGCUGAUAGACUGGACCUGGAAGGUGCAAAUGGCGGGGGAUCUCUCCUCAUCUUAUCCCGGACCGGAGUGACUAAUGGCCUCAUUCGGGACGAAAAUUCCCAAAUCGCGAUUGCAAGUGCUCUCGGCCAACUCAUCUGUUUUCUUCAACUCUUCUCAUCUUCAAAAGCGCAAACUCAAUCACCCCAUCACUUUCUCCACGCACAUAUUUUGCACCAUGGCGUCCGCACUCACACUUCAAUCCAAGCAGAAGCUGAACAACGGCCUCGAAAUCCCCGUGCUGGGUUAUGGCCUCUGGAAGACUGCGCCCGAGGAAGCUGAAAAGGUCACUACUGAAGCUCUCAAAGUCGGCUACCGUCAUGUCGACUCGGCGGCUUCAUACAGGAACGAGGCUGGUGCCGGAGCUGCCAUUCGCGGUGCCAAGGACAUCCCCCGCUCCGAACUCUUCUUCACCUCCAAGGUUCGCUACAUCAACUACGACGACGCCAAGGACCAGGUAGAGGAGACUCUGGAAAAGACCGGCCUUGACUACAUCGACCUGAUGCUGCUUCACUGCCCCUAUGGUGGCUCAGAGGGUCGCAAGGGCGCCUGGAAGGCCCUCGUCGAGGCCCAAGAAGCUGGUCUAGUCAAGUCCAUUGGCGUCAGCAAUUACGGCGUGCACCAUCUGGACGAGCUCGAGACGCACAUCAAAGAGCUUGAGGAGGAGCGCGGCGGCAAAGGCAAAGGCGGCGCCAUCAACGUCGCACAGUACGAGAUCCAUCCCUGGUGCGCGCGCAACGACAUCGUGCAGUGGCUCCAGAAGCGCAACGUCGCUAUUGAGGCCUAUAGCCCUCUGGUCAGAGGUGAGAAAUGGGGCGACAAGACUCUCAAGGCCUUGGCCGACAAGCACGGCAAGUCUGAGGCUCAGAUCCUGCUGCGCUGGAGCUUGCAAAAGGGCUACAUCCCUCUCCCCAAGAGUGUUACGCCCACCCGUAUCCUGGAUAACACCAAAAUUUACGACUUCCAGCUGCCGGACGAGGAUGUCAAGAACUUGGAGACAGACGAGUACUCCCCGGUCUGCUGGGACCCAACUGUUAGCCCCUUGGACGGACCAAAGAGUGGUUGAGAGCAUCUAGGGUCAUUAACGAUGUAGCAUAGCUUGGGCUCUUUCGUUUUCAGCGACACAUUAAUUCAUCAUAUCAAUCAGCCAAUAAAGAUGCAAAGAAGUACCACACAUUUGCUAAAAA